CAAAAAUACAAUUUGCGUUAGGAACUGUUCACAUUUUCUAACGAGGUAUCAGGUAUGUCUCUGGCUCUCUGCGGUAGGAAACCCCAGCACUUCUCCCACGAAAACUAAAAAAAUCACGCUCCCCCGAAGCUCAUCUCGCUGUCUACAAUUUUGAUCUGUCACCGGCGUUUCACUCUCGUGAAGCUCCCUUGCCUACGGUCUUGCCCUUGCCUCCGGCCAUUUUUGAUUUGGUAUUGUUGGCAUUUCACUUCCACGAGGCUCCCCUCACCAUCGCCCCGACAUUCCUAAUUUCCUAUCCUUCAACCUCAGUUAUUUUCUUCACCUUCACAUUCUUCUAGCUGUUGUACUUCGUGAAAAGGAGUGGAGGAGCUCCCAAACGACGUCUGAAAUCAUUUCGCAGAAAAGGGAUUACUGCUGCUUCUGGGAUAGCAGGAGAAUUGGGGAUUCCACUGACACAUUGACGUAUUGCUAACAGCUGCCUCUUGACGUUUGCGUGCUCAUCCUGGAGAUGCCACUGGUAAACUUGCGAAGGAAACACAGAUCAGAUCUGGAAUGCUAUUCUGCUGCAACAUGAGCAACCUUCACCUGACUUAUGCCCAACAAAACAACGAGGUAACUAUCGGCAGCAAUAGAUUUAUAACGAGUCUGGCGGGGUCUUACGCACUAAGUCAAGUGUGCGACACGUUCUUAAAUCGUAUAAUUGAAGUCAAAAUCAUUGCUGUUACUGCACACCGCCAACAGUAACGAUUAUAUCAACGAAAUUCACCUGUUUUUUCCGUCCUCGAGGAGUAAGAAAACAAUUUUAAAAUCAAGUCCAGCUGCUCGAAUGGAGAAGCAAUGUAUGCAGGUAGCGCACGGUAAAAUAAAAACACACAAAACGUGGCAAAGAGCAGCAGCAGCCUUGUUCCAAGAGCACAAACCGAGCGUUAGCCGGAAGGGAACUCCAAAAACGGUUCGCCUUUCCCUCCCUCUCUCUCUGUGAAGGAAGAAGCACGGCCAGUUGCAUCGGAUGUAGUACGGGAGGGAUUGGUUCCACCCACAUUGAGAAGGCAUCAUUACUAAUAUAUCAACCUAUGCUUGGAGCUAAUGUAACGACGCCUGCAAGUAGUCCUCUUCUCCGGCGCUCAGCCAGCAGGCCUGUUAUACUUGAGUUUCGUACUAUUUCCCAAUCUUCAUACUGGUCAUGUUAGAAACAAGCGAAAUGAUGUCAGCAGGUUCUCCUAAGCAUGGUGCUACAAUAAUGCCAUCCUCAGCCUUGCUGUGGAGAUUAAAGCUAUGUCAAAGACUCACAUGGAUGAAUAUGCAUGUGGCGAGUUUUCUGCAAGCACUUAGUGCACAUGGGAAGCAAGCUUCAAAAGUUAGAAUUGAGAAAUGCUGCACUUCUGUAUUGCCUGAGAAAACACCCACACAGCGGGGAGAAUUGCACUAAAUAUGAAGAAAGCACACAUCGCUAAAAUGAAAGCUGUUGGUUUUAAGGAGGUGCUUCUUUUUCUGCUUUGGGGUUUUAUUUGCUGCAAGAUUGGGGUGGACUCCGUGAUAAGGAUGAAUGCAGAUUUACGUGAUCUAUUUCUGUAUGAAGUCUUCUUGUAUUAUAACCCUAUGCUUCUUGUGACUAUGAUGGUUUGGCUAUGGGGAAUAAAUUUAUGGGUCUUUUCUCAGUCACCUGCAAACUAUGCAAAAAUUUUUGAUCUUGAUCAUACUCAUCUCACUCAUAGCGAUAUGUGGAAGUGUGCAACAUGGAUGACCAUUAUUGUUCCGACAAGUAUGACUGCAUACCUUUAUUUAUACUCUCAUGGAGAAGUGUCUUUGGCUGCUUCACAACCAGUACUCCUGUACACUGCUGUUUUUAUGGUCCUCAUAUUUCCAUUUGAUAUUUUUUAUUUAUCUUCUCGUUACUUUUUUCUGAAGACACUAUGGCGAAUCAUCCUGCCAUUGCAGCCAAUAACAUUUGCAGAUUUUUUUAUUGCCGACAUUUUAACCUCCAUGUCAAAGGUAUUGUCAGACCUAGAGCGUUCAGUAUGUAGGAUGGUCCAUCGUCAGGUUGCAACAAUAGCAUGGUUUGAAGCUGAUUCUGUUUGCGGUAGUCAUUCUGUUGCAAUUCCUUUGGUGCUGGUUCUUCCUUACAUAUGCCGCUUCUUCCAAUGCAUUCGGCAAUACAAGGAUACUAAGGAAAAAACAUGUCUUUUUAAUGCUCUGAAAUAUUCAACUGCAGUCCCAGUCGUAUUCCUUUCUGCACUCAAAUAUCAUGUGUUUCCUGAAAGCUGGGUGAGCUUUUAUCGCCCAAUGUGGCUUUUCUCAAGUGUUGUAAAUUCACUUUAUUCUUUUUACUGGGAUGUGAAGCAGGAUUGGGAUUUGAGUGUUUUCUCCAAAAUUUUCAAGUUCAAAGCACCUACCAUAUGCUCAAACUUGUUAUAUGGACAUCAAUGGGUCUAUUAUUGGGCAAUAGGUAGCAAUCUCAUACUCCGGUGUACAUGGACAUACAAACUUUCUGCACAUCUUCGACAUAAUUACCUGACUGUCUUCACCAUAACAGCCCUGGAGAUAUUCCGACGGUUCCAAUGGAUUUUCUUUCGGGUUGAGAAUGAGUGGAACAAAAUGGCUAUGAAGCAAGGUUUGCAGGCAUCCAUGAGUGAACUUCCGACUGAGGAAGAUAAGCUACUUGGCUCGACCAACCACAAUGUUUAAGCUCAUACCUUAUAUUUUUUCUCGGUUCUUUAUUUUUUGAUGGUUGGAAUCAGUUUCAGAUGAUCCUCCAUAAAAUUAUGGUUAUCCCGUUCCGUGCAUUGUGUAUAAUUUGUUCGGAAAAUGAAGAUUCCAGGAAGAUAAGUAGGCUCUUUUGUUUUCUAGUUGAAGAUUUUCUAUAUUAAAUUAUUCAUUCUCA